AAAGACAUUAAAGUAGAAGGAAAGAAAAAUGAGACAUUAAAGUAGAAGGAAAGAAAAAUGAGACAUUGAAGUAGAAGGAAAGAAAAAAUGAGACAUUAAAGUAGAAGGAAAGAAAAAAUGAGACAUUAAAGUAGAAGGAAAGAAAAAAUGAGACAUUAAAGUAGAAGGAAUGAAAAAAAUGAGACAUUAAAGUAGAAGGAAAGAAAAAAUGAGACAUAAAAGUAGAAGGAAAGAAAUAAUGAGACAUUAAAGUAGAAGGAAAGAAAAAAUAAGACAUUAAAGUAGAAGGAAAGAAGGAAAGAAAAAAUGAGACAUUAAAGUAGAAGGAAAGAAAAAUGAGACAUUAAAGUAGAAGGAAAGAAAAAAUGAGACAUUAAAGUAGAAAAUAAUUAAGAUAAUACAUAAAGUUAGAAUAAAAUAAUUUACUUAAUGAAAAUGUUAUUUUACUACGAUAUAUAUUAUAAUAUUAUUGGAUUUACUUUAAAAAGGAGUCAGCUUUAUUUUCAAUGCUUUUUAACAGUUUCUCAUGCUGUUUUAAACAGAAUUAAAAUCGUUAUGCAUAUUACGCUAAAUUUCACUAAUUUUCCACACGAUUUAAGCAAUUGCAUUUCAGUAGGCUCAUAAGAGGCAUGUAUAAAUCAUUAAAUAACUCAUCUACAUAAUACUAUAAAUACUAAUUGAUGAAACUGUUUUCAUACGAAGUAAUGAAAAUCAAUGAGUUUGUAGAAUUGUUAAAACCCAGUUGUGUAAAUAAUGAUGCCAUUAUUGUAGCGGGAGUUUUAUAAUACAAAUUAAGGUAUUGAGUAUGCUACACUGUCUAAUAUAAUAGCAAAUAUCAAUAUCAAAAUUUGACAGCAUCAAUAGAGGCAAAUUCAUUUGUGUUAUGUGAACAGGAUUUAAUUCUGAUGACAUGAUGCUGUAUUCUAGUGAGGAAUCUUGUCUAUAUCAAAGCAGCUUAAGUUUGAUUAGGAAUGAGGUACUUAACAAAACAACAUGGCGAUCAGAAUACAGACAAAUAGCUUUGCUGCUAUUGCGAUCCAAGUAAUGAUGAAUGUAUGGUUAAUUUCAAGUGUUCUGUCCAAUUGCCAGUUUCCUGAUUUUAUAAAUCACCAAGAUGUUUGGACUAGAAAAAAUAGUGAAGGCGCUACCUUAACUGCGUACAUCAAACCGCACAUGAUAACAGCUAAGUACUGUCCGUAUGUUGGAUCUGCUUGUCAGCAUUAUGUCCAACACUGUGUGGAAAAACGAGACAACAACAAGUACAUUGUAAAACACGAAAUUCGGUCGACUGGAUACUCUCCCACUCAUUAUCUCUGUAUACAGUUUAUCUUCCGGUCUCCUACAGUGUUACAGAUGAAAGAAUCAGAAAAGAUGGAUAAACCUUCUAAGGAAUUAUGUAAUAAUAUAGUUUUGAACAACUGGCCUCUGUUUUCAACUUCACUCGGAACAGCCCCACCAAUUACUUGUCCUUUCUCAGGCGGGUACAAUAUGCGCAUUAGCUCAAAUGGUCAUGAGCUGUGUUCGAAUAAAAUGCUCAGUCCAAGAAUAGAGAGUGAAUGCGAGGCAGGAGACGGAAUCUCAGUUGACUUCAAACACAAAGAGUGUAUCCAUGAAAAUUUAAAAAGCAUGAGAAUGAAUCUAAGACAGCAUAUUGACUGCAUGGCCACGUGGACGGAACGUAAUUACCAGUUUAUCAUUUUGCGACCGGAUUCAGAUCAUGCUCUUUGUUUACGCAUUAAGAAACCUCUAGAUAACAUCAGACAUGCAUAUCUUUUUAUGGAUCUAGUCUGUGAUCCUGGAAACUCUGUAGGUCAGCCUGAGGACUCUCGAAAUUUUCUGUCCAUUGAGUUUGAAAGGAAAUAUAUCCAUUCAGUAUGUGAAAACGAAUUUGAAGGUUGUUCGGAUGAACGAUUUUGCGACACUGAUAUGAGAGCACAUUGUAAACUCACAUGUGGGCCAUGUCGCUCUGACGAAAUAUGUGCAUUUCCAGAAUACCUCCGACGUGUUUGGAGUAUUUACGACCGGAAAUAUGCCCAGACUAAUAAAAUGCGGUAUGUGAACAUUACUAAUUAUGAAAUAGAUUUCCCGGAUGUUGGUAAGUUUCAGUGUUUGUACAACAAUGUUACUGCUAAACAUCGAUCCAUUUUAUUACACACGUUUGAUAACGGUUGUUAUCCAAAGUUCACAUGCAUGGAAACAUAUUACUCAUCUGAUACCGUUCGUCAGUUUAGACUUGGAAGGCGCAUUAACUGGCCAGUACUCGACUUGUCACGUGUAAAGAGUCAAGCAUGUAAAUCUAUAAUGUUUAAGAAAGAUUACCAAAUUGGUGAUAGCAGCGAAAAAUUUAAAAUUCCAAAAAUUACGGUAAUCGAUGCAAGUUAUACUAAGAGUCAAAACUGUAAACUUGACUACGAGUUCCGUAAUCACCUCAAUGGACUUUACUUCCAAGAAGGGGAUAAAUGUGAUGGUUGUGUGUACUAUGACAGUAUAACCAAUCCGCAUUAUUUUGAGGUGAGAACCAUAAACUGUCCAAAUACGUUGGAUUAUUUAGAAUAUAUCUGUUUGGCAUCAUUUAAAUUUGAUAACGAGACUUCCGCCGUAGUGACUGGUACCCGGAUCAGACGUUCAGAUACAUUCAGACAAUUUUUAUGUUGGGUUUUUACUGGGAGCGGUGAAAAGAGAAAAAUUGUUGUUUUUGAUGCUGCCGAUUGCAAUGAAGUUCAGUUACAAUUAUCGUUAGCUGGGGAUGUAAUUCCAAAAAGUAUGUUUGAUGUAAUGGAAAAACCACCAAAACUGUGUCCUCGUCCCAUAGAUGACCAACCUCGAGAGAUACCUAUCAUACCAAUAAAAACGAGUUCGGUAACGCCAACCCCUGUCAAAAAGAAGCCCCAGGACGAGUACAAAUUAUCAACCGGUUUUAACAAAGGACCCCUGAUUCCAAAUAAGCCUGUUGUUACAGAUCGACAGAAUGCAGACUCAUCCUCAUCUUUACCACAGCCACUAGAACUCACUAUCAUUUGCUUAUUCGUGCUGUUACGAACUUUAUGCACUACAUAAAGAUACACCACAAGAAGAAAGUGGUAAUAUUAUGUGGAUUAAGAAAAUGUUGACGAAUUCAUGAAGUUCGCAUAUAUAAAUGUGUUCUAAAUUUGUUUAUUGUGAACAACAUGCCAGAGAGUACCAAUCGCAUUAUGUUGUUUUAAUCACAGAUCUAAUCUACACAUAACGUUAGAUGAAGGCAGUUUUGUUGUGCGCAAGUGUCUGAUAAGGGGUAUUUCAAGUGUGAACUAUUUGCACAUUGAUAUUCCAGUUAACACAAGUGGAUGUAAGAGGAAAGAACAUUUUGAUAAAGGGAUUGUGUACAUAUAUGGAAAACCUUUAGUAUAAUUGUACUUACAGAAUCCUAGUCAUCGCUUGCCAUUUUUAAACAUUUGAAUGCAAGACAUAAGGUUAUCGACUUCGUAUGUGGACUUUUUACUUGCUCAAAUAGGAUCUCGUUAGUUAACCGUAGUGUCUUUGUAGUCAUUUUCUGUCAUAUUUAAGUCUCCCAAACGAAGUUUGGGAAGACUUAUUGUUUUUGCUCAGUUCUUAUUAUUAUUAUUAUUAUUAUUCUUCUUCUUCUUCUUCUUCUUCUUCUUCUUCUUCUUCUUCCGCCGCUUUUAAAUUUGAACUUGUCCGCACCCGUUCUCCAAAACCGCUUGUCAGAUUAACUUAGGGUUUCACAAUAUGUUAGACUAACAUGUCUAGUGGUGCAAUCAGGGUUUUGUUUGUGCAAUGGGGUUUAUAAAGGGGUACUUUGAGGGGCAAAAAGAAAAGAGGGUUUUGCUAUAGAACCCUAUGGGAUUUUAUUUUUUUAAAUUUUCAAAUGAUUAUCAAUUGAAAACCGUUCGUGAUAGACACAAUCUUUUUAAUUGAAAAUGUUCUAAAUGAUAAAGUCCAUUAAAUGAAAUACAGGGUUAGUCCCCAGGGGUCACCCCCACCCCCUGCUAUUUAAGAAAGUUCUAAUACCUUGUAAGUGGUCAAGAUCCCCACCCCUAAACCAUAUAUAUUCUGGUUUGUCAUGCUAAGAUGGUUUGAAUGAUAUACAGGAUUAGUCCCCAGGGGUCAUCCCGACCCCCUGCCAUUUGAGAAAGUUCUAAUAUCUUGUAAAUGGUCGAGAUCCCCACCCCUAAACUAUAUAUAUUCUGUUUUGUCAUGAUAAAGCACAUCAAAUGUAAUACAGGGUUAGUCCCCAGGGGUCACCCCCACCCCCUGCCAUUUAAGAAAGUUCUAAUAUCUUGUAAAUGGUCGAGAUCCCCACCCCUAAACCAUAUAUAUUCUGGUUUGUCAUGAUAAAGCACAUCAAAUGUUAUACAGGGUUAGUCCCCAGGGGUCACCCCCACCCCCUGCCAUUUAAGAAAGUUCUAAUAUCUUCUAAGUGGUCAAGAUCCCCACCCCUAAACCAUAUAUAUUCUGGUUUGUCAUGCUAAGAUGGUUUGAAUGAUAUACAGGAUUAGUCCCCAGGGGUCAUCCUGACCCCCUGCCAUUUGAGAAAGUUCUAAUAUCUUGUAAAUGGUCGAGAUCCCCACCCCUAAACCAUAUAUAUUCUGGUUUGUCAUGAUAAAGCACAUCAAAUGUUAUACAGGGUUAGUCCCCAGGGGUCACCCCCACCCCCUGCCAUUUAAGAAAGUUCUAAUAUCUUCUAAGUGGUCAAGAUCCCCACUCCUAAACCAUAUAUAUUCUGGUUUGUCAUGCUUAGAUGGUUUGAAUGAUAUACAGGGUUAGUCCCCAGGGGUCAUCCCGACCCCCUGCCAUUUGAGAAAGUUCUAAUAUCUUGUAAAUGGUCGAGAUCCCCACCCCUAAACCAUAUAUAUUCCUAUUUGUCAUGUCUCGAACAUUUGAAUGACGUAUACGGUCCGUCCCCAGGGGUUCCCCCCACCCCCAAUGUUCUAAUAUCUUGUAAAUGGUUGAGAUCCCCACCCCUAAACCAUAUAUAUUCCUGUUCGUCAUGUAAUGAAAAUUUGAAUGACGUAUAGGGCCAGUCCCCAGGGGUUCCUCCCCACCCCAAUGUUCUAGUAUCUUGUAAAUGGUCGAGAUCCCCACCCCUAAACCAUAUAUAUUCUGGUUUGUCAUGCCAAGAUGAUUUGAAUGAUAUACAAGGUUAGUCCCCAGGCAUCACUAAUGCAUAUAACUUUACUGGACCAAACCAAUUUUCACUGGACGUUGCCCAAUGUUAGGCGACCCUGGGAAUUACGAAUUAUGGGAGCUUCGUUUGGGAGACUUCGUAACAGCAUCCUGUUACAAUCAUUUCUUGUUAUUUCAUGAAAUCCUUUGAGCCUUAGAAAUAUACAUUUUAUUGCAGUUCGACAAGAGAAAUUAAUGUACACAUAUGAUACAAGAAUAUCCAGUUUCAAAACAUAUUUGCACACAUUUCUGUUCGGCUUAUUUCGGAAAUAGGUCAUACAAUUACGUAUCAGAUUUGGUACAUUGAAUAGAAUAAGGUUGAAUAUCAAGUUUCCUUAGCGUUUGUAUUUUAUAAUAAGAGCUGUAUUUAACCUUAUCAUUUAUUCAAACAGAUCCACCAUUAUAUCGCAACAAGGUCGAAAUUUUAAAGCAACUUAUAUAUUGUAACCUUGUGGAUGUCAUCGGCAAGGAAAAAACUGAAAUUUGUUUGGUAAUUGUUAUGAGGUAUCAAAUGAAAUGCAUAUUGUCUUUUGAAUAAUGAAAAUAACACUUUAUAAUUUAAUUUUGGAUGUAACGCGUCUUCCGAUUGGCUGACGUUGUUUUGUUUAUCAGCUCAUAGACAUAAUUUUGUCAUUUGACCUUGACGUCAUCAACGGUUUUUCAUGAUUUACUCCGGUUUGAAAUGGAAUUAAGAAUUGAAUUAUAAGAAAUGACUGUAAUAUUUUUCUGUCUAUUCGAAAUAACAUAAAAAAUGUGGCGCACACUUUAAAAUAACCCGCUACGCGGGUUAUUCAGUGUGCACCACAUUUUUGAUGUUAUUUCUUCAUAGACAGAAAUAAUAUUACAGUCAUUCCUUAAAUAAAUGUGGUGCGUCCGAAGCUCUUUUCUAAAUUUACCUUCAGCAGGAUCAAAGUAGUCCUUUAUUGGUCGAGAUAACUAAUAAAUUAUAACAUAAUGUUCCGAGGUUUGGUGGUUAUGACCUUGUUGGUCUCGUGGUAGCACGAUGGCAUCGAAAAUGAGUUCCGGGGGCUUAGUGCAUAGUUAUAUCAGAUGAAUAUUACAAGACUGAUUUACUGCUUGCCUUCUAAGGUGUAUGCCCGGUUUGGUUGAAAUGUCUUUAUAUGGUCUGAUACCUUGUGGUUUGGCAGGUAUGAGUUAUUACGGAAAGCAGUAUAUUCAUGUCCUCGUCCUGAACAUGCAUAUUUGCAGUGAACGUUGAGCAAACCACGGUUUUUUAAUUCAAAAGAAUUUCAAUACAUUUACUGGGAACGACAUUUGCUUUGAACAUCAGAUUGAAUUUAAUGUUUUUAACUUACCUUAAUUAUACUUUUUAGCUGAGCCACAAAAUGGUAAACGUAAAUUACAAUACUAUACAUUUUGUAGUUACAUAUAUGUUUAGAUUUGUCAUUUUUGUACAGGACUAAAUUUCAUUUUGUAUGACAUUGAUUCAUUUUAUAGUAUAUUAUUUUUAAAGACAAAUGAAGGUUUUCUUUGUUGUUAAGUAAAAGUUUUCAAAUUUUAAUAUUGUUAUUUGUAUAUAAACUUUUCGUUACACCUAUUCAUUUCAUGAAAUUUUUUUCCAUUGUUGCUCAAUGUAAAUAAUUUAAUAUAUUGUAAAUAGUCGUAUUUUUAUACUUCAUAGAAUAGCAAAAAUAUUUCAAUUACUGAAUAUAUCAUUUUGAAGAGAUAUGCUUCGCACAGUUAUUGUCUUAUUUUACUUUUUUGUGUUUUUUGAAAGACUAAAGGUGGUACCCAACACCUUGACUAAUAUUAAUUUGGCUCGUUUUAAUUUUCAUAAAAUUUAGACAAAAUGUUUACUUUGACCCUUUGACAAAAAUAUAAAAAUUUCAAAAAAUUUCAACCAACAACUUUAUCAGAAAAAUUUCAUUGGUUAUAUAGCAGUUUGACAAACACUAAUUUUGAUCAUUGAGAAGCUUAAUAUUUCCUUAACAAUACAACGUGAUUAAAACGUCUAGCUGAUUUUUACAGAGUUAUCUCCCUGUAGUGUUAGGUACCACCUUAAACACACUUGGAUGUAUUGUUUUGACCAUACGGAAACGUUACACAGUUACACAGUAAAAAGCAUUUGACCAAUCACAAAUUUUGACCUUUUUAUUUCAACAAAAUCCAUUAAAAUAAUCACUUUUGAUACACAAGACACUUUGCAUAGAAAUCAGACAUUCAAAAGCAAACCAUUUCAAAUAUUUUUAGAUCUUUUCCUUUGUACAUAUGAAUUAUAAAAAAAUAUAUUUGCAUCAUUAUCACAUGAGCAUUAUAAUAAACGGUAACUUCUUCAAUGGUCCAACAUUUGUGCUACGAAAAUCACAGAAUAUCUAUCCCUUUCAUUGAAAAUUUUGAAGAUUUUCUCAAAAUAUAAAAAAAAAAGACUCCUAAAGAUUAGUGGUUACUCCAGUUUGUUUACCGUCAUCAGAUAUUAAUUUAAACGGAAACAGAUUAACGAAUGGUCUGCGUUCUAUGUCAGGAAGUGACCGAUAUUGAUGCAUGUUAAAUAGUUUUUUGUUUGUGAUUAAGAUAUUUCUAAUACACUAAAGCCCUGUUGUCACUAUCAAAGUUUCCCUUUCAAAGAUUUGGAAUAAGAAAAUUUGGUCAAAGUCAUCUGUUGUAACUAUAAAAAAUUUUCACCAAAAACUCGGUCAAAGAAAAAGCCGAAUUACAAUACACACACAAAGAAAAUUCCUCUAAUAUCAUCACAGAAUGACUGCAUUGCACUUUCAAUGUGUAUUCUGUUUAUUACCAAUCGGAUAAAAUGAAUUAGAAAUCAUCCAAGAGUGAGAAACUGCUAAGAAAAAGACAGAAAAGUACCCUCUCCUUCAAAAACUUCAUAGUGAGGAACCAGUCGAAUUCAAGAAUUCAAGAAUAAUUUAAGAAUGGACAAAGCAUUCAAUCUACUUCUUUGAAAAGUUGAACCACUGAUCGAAAUAAAUUUAAUGAACUCAUCCAUCAUUUCAUUUCUCUCAUAGCAAUCUUCCUUAGUCUAACUCGAACUAAUCCUGCUUUUCCUUCAAAUUUUACCAUUUCUAAAUUGCACUAUCAUUGGAUAAUUCCCGUCAAAGGUCAUCCAAGGUUCAAUAAAAAGAAUGAGAUUCAAUUCCAUCAAAAUCCUUCAAAUUUAUUUAUCAAACGUUUUUUUUUACGGUUGUCACUUUCAAAAUUCCUUCAAAAACUUGGUGUAAGUGGCAAUAGGCCUUUAUGUCUAUUGAAAUUUUCUAUUUCGUUUUGUAUCAUAAUAGAUAAUUUACUUUUGAUGGUUCCUUGUCCAUUUCAUAUUAACAUAUUUGAAAUUAGCCAAACAUCAAACAAAUCAUUUCAUCAUUCAUAUAUUUUUUAACAUUUUGUUUUGUUAUAUUUUUGCCACAUUGUAUCAUUUCAAUCUGAAGAUUGUUUAGGUGUUGUACAGUAAUGAUUCCAAAAAACAUAUGUCUGGUAUUUCACACUCUUAUUGAAUCUAGUACAUGUGAAUUCAACUUUUUCUUUAAUUCAUUCGAAAUUGAUAAAGUCUGUCAUUAAAGAUGACUGUCUAAAAGAGAGCGUGUUUAAAGAAACUGUUCGUGACAAAAAAGACAUAGUGUUUAUCAGUCAUUCUAUGUAAUUUGUACUUUUAUUGUUUUCCGUAUUCUCUACGGUUGGAUUUAAUUUCAUUACCGACAUUGUGUUUUUUAAUUUACCCUCAGUCUGUGUGUACUACAGCUGUGGUUGUCGUUUCUGCUUGUAAAUUGUUUAAUACUGAAAUUAAAAGCUUACAGAACAAAGUAUAAAAACAAAAAUAUACAUAUGGCAUAUUUUUGUUAAGGCCUGGGCUGAUAUGCAUAAAACUACCUAUGUUGAGAUUUGUUCCGAACGGAAGGAUUUUUCUACAUGUCCUACGAUAAAUUAGUACUACGAUGGGAUAUCUUAACUUAAGUGGUUUUAUGCAAAUCAGCCCUGAUAAGAAAACUCUUCUGUUGUCCUAUUCUGUUUUUCAGCUUUUUGCUAUGUUCAUAAGAAAUUAGUCAUAAAAAAAGUAUGGAAAGCAAAGAUGUGUUGUUUCAGAAAAAAAUAUUCUAACAAUCCAACUAUCCUUUUCCACAAAACAUUGUUCAUUUAUCAUUGCUAAAACACUGAAUCGCCUGAUAAAACUAUGCGCUUUUUACAGAGUCUAUAGCGUGCAUGCAGUAUCAUUCGAAAGUACAACUAACCCAUUCUUGGGCAUUUGUUGAUGUGCUAUAUUAAUAAAAAUGUUUAUAUUACUUUUUGAAUCCUUGUGUUUAUAUAUAAUAUAUAGUAUACUUAUCAUAACUUACAUUGUAACUAUUGUUUACAAUGUGUAUUUGCAAUUGACAUUUAUUAUUAAACUGUUUUGAAUAAAGAUCAUUGAGACUA